CCAAACUGGUUUACAGAUAUGGCUACAGUGCCGACCAAUCAAUGAAGGGCUACGCCAAUUUCAGUCUGGCAGUCUUUAAUGUAAAUGACUUCCAGGCUAAGAGUGUACCGGAUGACCCCCAGUUCGAUAUCUUUGGAAAUGUGACAUACUGCAGAUACCGCGACUACCGUCGACCAGCCACAAAUCACGUAGGAGAUGCAGGAGUAGGCACGGGAGAGGAAUACACAUUUACGCUGGUCUACUGGCACAUCCUGGCCGCCAGGCUGGCUUUCAUUGUCGUGUUUGAGAACUUGAUUAUAUUGGCAACCUGGUUGGUGAUGUACCUCAUCCCAGACAUGCCAGGAUCUGUGAAGCUCCAGAUGCUGAGAGAAAAUUUCUUGGCCAAGGAAGCACUUUAUACAGCGGAGACAGUAAUGAAGGCAAGACGUGGCAAUGAUAAUGCCACAAACGCCACCAAUACGCUAUUCUGAUGACAAAUACAGGUUUUAUCUCCUAGAAAAUAGUCUGAUACAAAGGAGGAGUAUUUGCCCAUUUACUGACAUCAAUCAACAAACUCUACCAUUGUGUGUUUCAGAGUUCUGUUUAUCAGAAAGCACAGGAAACACAUAUUUGAUAUGCAGAAUUUUCUGGAGACAAUUUGUAUGUUACUGUAUAUAAUUCAAAGGAAAAGGGGUUAACUUGUGAUUUUUAGAUUUUUUUAUGAAGAUUUUUUUGCCAGAAUCUCAACCUGACAACAAAUUAUACAUUUAAGUGUGUUUUUCUAUGCAGCCUUAAAGGGAUAUUAUUAUUCUUGAACCACGUUUACGACAGACCAAGUAGCUUUCUUUUUAACUUCAGUGUAGCUAUAAUCCAUUAUAACCCAGUACUUUCAGGUUGUAGAUAUAGUAUUAAGUAUUAAAACCAAAAUAUUGUUAUAAGACAUUUGAUUUAAAACAAACAUUGAAUCUAUUGUUGUGAAAUUUAUAAACAUAUAUACUCGUUAUUAUUGAAGACUGUUAAAAUAGAUUGUUCCUUAAAAUCUGAAUACAAUUAUUUUUUCUAAAU